AUGAAUGGGCAAGGUUCAUUUAAAGUAAUUGACCCGUUUCAAAUAAUUUUAUUAGAGAAUGAGCCAAUUCUAGAUGAAAUAGAAGAAGAAUUAACAGUAGAAAAAGGGACAAUAAGAUAUGAAGAAGAAGAAAGAAAAGUAAUAAGUAAAGAUGGGAGAAUAAUCAAACAAUGUAAAAAUGUGUUAAAUCAAAUAACACAAAAAUAUAAUUAUUACAUAUUUAAAGUAAAAAUAAAACCACAAUUUAACGAAGAGUUAGUAAAUAUUCAUUUAAGUUCAUUAACAAGAAUUGUAAGGAUAUAUAAAGAAUUAAAAUUUAAAAGAUUAGAUUUACCAAUAGAAAAUGAGAUAUAUAGUUAUGUUGUGUAUGUAAAUCCUCAAACGAAUAAAAAUGGUAUUGAACUCUUUAUAAAAAAAUUAAUUAAAGUUAAUGUGUUCAAUGCUUAUUACGAUUUAGUUGAAUUACCAGAAUUAUUUAAAUCUAAUUUUAUUGAAAUUUGUAAUAUCCUUAAAACAAAUUCUUUAACUUCAGUUCCUUUUAAACUUGACAUUAAUUCUUCUCCUCAAAUUUUUGGAUUUGAACAUUGUUUUAAACAAUUAACUCAAUUUAUUGAGAAUAUUCAAAAAAAUCAAUUUACUACUUUAAAAAUUAAAUUUAAAAAUCAUUUGACUUCCUUUCAUAAAGCAUUUUAUGAAGAAAAAUUUAAUACUUUAAUUACUCAAGCAAAUUGGGACAUUAUUAAACUUCAAUAUAAAAUUUUGUUUAAAGAAGUUAAACCAGGUCUCUUUGAUUGUUUUGUUAAAGCUCCUAAUAAUGUUAUUAAAAUUGUUAUUUCUAAAAUUACUGAAUUCUUUAAUAACAUCGUUUUAGUUACUGUUAUUAAUAACGUUAAAAAGUCUGACGAAAAAGAUUUACUUCUCUUCUCAAGAACUCAUGAUACUCCUUAUAAUGCUCUUUAUUUCAUUAGUCAUGGUAAAGUAAAUCAAAUGAUCGCGGCUAUUAAUCUUUGUAAAGAUUUUCAUUCAGUCAAUAUGAUGACUUACAAAGAGGAAUUAACUAAUUUUAUUUUCGAAAAAUAUAUCACUUCAUUACCUCAAAACGAAGACUUCGGAUUUGAGGAAUUAGAUAUUCCAGAAUUGGCUAAGUCUCCAACUGACAUAACAAAUCAAACAAAAAAUAAUCCAAACCUUAUUGACAAAAAAUUAAACAAAACAACUAAUGACUUUGAUAAUCAAAUGCCAAAUCUUAUCAACACAAAUGUUCACUUAAAAGACAAUGAACAAAUAGACAUUAAAUCUCCUAAACAAUCUAUUGAAAGUCAGUCUAAAGAUUAUAAUUUUGAACCUGAGAAUAAUUUUAAAUCUCAAUCACAAAAUGAAAUAAUAAAUAGUCCAAAUGAAAGUCAUUCCCUUUCAUACCAACAAGAUAAAAUUGUUUAUCUGGAACAUAAUGAAGAAAGUACUGAGUCUAGUUAUCAUGAGGAUAAUUGUCUCUGUCAAACAACUUACGAUGAACAACUUGAUCAAGAAAACAAACAACUCAAAGAACCUCCUCUUCUUCCACCAAAACCAAAAAGACUUCAAAAAGAAGAACAACUCAGACAAGAAAGUAUCAUCGUUUGUAAUAAUCUACAAGAAAAAGAAAUUCAAGAAUCCUUUUAUGUCUCAGAAAAAACUGAAAAAACGAUUAAUCAAAUACAAGUAUCACAAAAGUUCUCAUGUGAUGAGACAACACAAAAUAUUUCACAACAAGAACAACAACCAACAGUUUUGUCUGAUCCUUGGAUUAAAGAUACACCAACUUAUUGUAAUAUAACACUUGACUCAUUUAAAAAACAAAAUGAAACCAAUCAGCAAAAUUUAUGUGAUCAAACGCCUCAACAAGAAGAUUUUGAACCUUAUAAAGAAUGUUAUGUUUCACAAACACCUGAAGAAAAGUAUCAAGAAGAAUUGAUAGAAGGAAAUCAAAAUAAUGAACCAAGUAGUGAACAGACUAAUCAAAGUCAAGUUGAGAAUAAAACUGAUAAAAUUAACCAAGAACAAAUAACUAUUUCUGUUUUAGGAGAAGAUUCAAAAGAAAUAGAAAGUGAUACAACUAAUAGAGCUAAUGACCAUCAAAGUUAUGACCAUUUUACUAAACAGGAAAGAGAAGAUGAUACUCCAACAAUUAGACAAGCUCCUAGAAGACCAACCAGAUCAUCUAAAAACAGAAAACCAGCAACAAAAAAAUUAUUUAAUCAACUGAAAGAAAUGAAAAUAGAAAUAUUGAAAGAAGAAAUAAAAGAAAAUGAAGAGACUAAUGAAAUAAUUGAAAAACAAACAACUGGAGUAAAAGAAGAUGAAGAAAUUAAAGAAACAAAUUCACAAGUACCUAACCAAAAUGAUAUUGAAUUAAUAGGAGAAGAAAAUCAAAACAAUAAAGAACCAAGUGUUGUUAAUCAACAAGACGAAUAUCAACACGAAGAAAUAACUACAAAAACUUCUGAUGACCAAUUAACAAAAGAUCAAAUUGACAAGAAUCACUCGAACGUUAAUCAAAUGUUAUUAGAAGAUUUACAAAAAACACUGCAUACUCCAAAAAAAGAAAAUAAACCUUCUUUUACUUCUACAAAUUGUGUAAAUGAAAAUACUAAAAAUCAACCUUUUCUUCCAAUAUUUGAAAUUAAACUUAAAAAAACUUCUCCUAUAAAAAAAUAUGAACCACCAAUUCAAGAAGAAGAAACACAACUUCAAAAAAUAAUGAAAAAAAGAAAAGAAGAGAGUAAUUAA